UCCGUCUGGUGGAAAUGGCGGGAAGGCUCUUCUUGGAAGCUGGGAGCCAAGAACUCGACCGAGGUUCUUCUUCGAAGCCCUAAUCGCUCUCUCCUGCAUCCGACGGAGAUAGGGAGGAAGAAGAUGUUGGCAUGGCCCCCAGAAAGAAGCAACACCCCUCCUCCUCCAAGAACGGCUGUUCCCAGCCGUCGAAGUUCGGCAUUGAGCACUUCUUCGCCCGCCACUCCCAAGCCGUAUCAGCCUCCCAGGCACCUCGGCAGGAGCCCGACCCCGUCGCGGUUUCUCAGAACCAAACGCCCCCGGCCGAUCUUCCUCUCCCUCAGUCUGCCGAUGAUCGCGAAGAGUUGCCCAGUGGCUCUUCCGAGGCCCCCGAUGGCGUCUCGGUCAAGCGGUUUAAGUUCUCUCCUGGAGCCUUGGUGAAGCAGAGCCAGGACGAUGGAGGGGACGAGGUCACGUGGAAGAUCUCCCCGUUGACCGAGAAGCUUCAGGCGCCACAGAAGAAUCUGUCUGAUAUGAUGAGGAUUAUGUCGGAUGCGUCUAGGCUUAACGUCUCCAACAUCCGUCCCUGUACGCAGGAGAAGAAGCAAAAUUCAUCUGGUUCACUGGGGAAACUUGAGAAAUGGCUUUCUUCUCCAACCCUGAGAGCCCAUGGAAGAUCGGCAAAAUUUUCAAGGAAAGUUUCAUUUCAGGAGGUCAGCUCAGAAAAGGAAAAUAAAACUCAAGACUCUGAGGUUGCAAAUGGGGAAAACGCAGUUUGUCCUAGUGCCAUCGGGCAGAGUCCAUUUCGAACACCACCAUCAGCGUUAUACAGCUCCCAUGAGUACAUUAAUGGUGGCAUUGGCAAAACAUCACCACACCCGCUCGCCUCAAGGCUACACAGAAAGGCACUGUUUGAACUCCUAGAUCAAGUGGAAGAUGUCAUUACCAUUGAUGAAUCACAGUUUGAUGAUUCAGGGACUAGUUCACUCAAUGAUGAAGGUGCAUUCGGUGAUGUUAAGGUCACCAGAGAAAUGUCUACUGUGAACAAAUUGGCGAGUACGCCAUCUGUGGGAGUUGGUUCUUGCAAUUUGGGUUUGCAUUUUCUUGUGCUUGAGGUCACUGAGAAGCACAAAAGUGCAGAUUCUUUGGGUGGAAAAAGACCAUCCAAGGUUCUUCGAGUUCUCAAUGAACUAAGUGGACUAGAAAGGACGGUGCUGUUACAUGAUGAAUGGUUCUCUAGCUUGAUUGGGCCUGGAGAUACCAUAAAUGUUAUUGGUGAAUUUGACAAUGAGGGGAAAUGCAUUAUUGAUCAUGAGAAUAAUUUCGUUAUCACUCAUCCAGAUAUACUGGCCACUGGUACUCGUGUCGCAGCUAGCUUUGGUUGUCACAGGCGGGCUGUCCUUGAUGAAAGGAUCAAGUCAAGUGGGCAAUCUGCUGCUGCAUUAAUUGGUACUUUGCUUCAUAGGAUAUUUCAGGCUGGACUAGUACAUGAGUUGCCAACUAAAGAGUACUUAGAAGAAUAUGCAAGGUUGGUGCUUCACAAAAGCAUUGAAAGCUUGUAUGCCAUUGAAGCUGAUGAAAAUGACAUGCUCUUGACAUUGUUUGAAGCAAUUCCAAAGAUGCUGACAUGGAUAUACCAACUUAGGAAUUUAGAGGAUAAUUCUGGAAGUUACCGCUUGCGGAAUUCUACAUUGCCUUCAGUUGAUUUUGGAUCAAAAGGUGGAUCAAAAGAGGUUAACCUAGUAGAGAUUGUAGACAUUGAGGAGAUGGCUUGGUCACCAAGGUAUGGUUUAAAAGGAAUGAUUGAUGCUUCGGUUAAGGUUAGAUUAAAUCCAGAGAUGGAGAGUGCUGAGGAGUGCAUGAUGCCAUUGGAGUUCAAGACAGGAAAGAGAACCAAUGGGCAGACUGCAUUGGAACAUUACGCUCAAGUGGCCCUGUAUACACUAUUGAUGUCUGACAGAUAUAUGUGCAAUAUCCAGUCAGGUCUUCUAUACUAUCUCAAUACAGGUCAAACACAGGGAGUUUCAGUUCAGAGAGCUGAUUUGGUUGGACUGAUAAUGCGCCGUAAUGAACAUGCCAGUGAUGUUCUGAAGGCCUCUGUUACCCAGUGUCUCCCACCUAUGUUAAAGAAUCUGAAAACAUGUGAAGGUUGUCGCCACCUGAAAGUGUGCACAGUAUAUCACAAGGCACAUGGUGGUGACACAGCAAGCAGUGGACUUGGUGAUUUAUUUGAUUUGAGCGUUAACCAUCUAAGUGGUUCUCAUUAUGAUUUUUUUCUUCACUGGGAUCGAUUGAUUGAUUUGGAAGCCAGAGAGGCCCAUGUCUCAAACGGCAUAAUUUGGCACGUGGACAAUUCAAAGAGAAAUAACAACUCAAGCAUUUCUUUAAUUCUUGAUGUCUCAAAGGGCCUUAAGCAUACAGAAUCUCCAAUUAAUGGUCAAUUUAUUUAUAAGUUUCUUUCCAAGGAACUAUUUACUCACGGCAUUAACUUGGAUGACCAAGGUCCUCUGUAUGCUCUGACGUCUGCAUCCUCAUUGUCCAAAAUAGGUUCUUUCAAACGUGGUGACUUGGUGAUACUAAGCACCAAUUCUGGACAUGUUGCUGUUGCAAGUGGCAUUGUUGUUGACAUAGGCGACUAUCAUGUAGCAGUUUCUUUAUCUCGUCGCCUUAGGAUUCCGGGGAGCUGUUCUAAUGUUAAGAUUGAAGAACUCAUCCAUGAGGUCUGGCAUAUACACAAGGAUGAAUCUUCUUCUUCAUUUGCCAUUAUGAGGUCAAACUUAGCAGAACUAUUUUUUCAAAGCAAUGAAAGUGCUCAACUCAGAAGGAUGAUUGUUGAUCUUGAGGUUCCAAGGUUUGAUAGUGGCAUUAUUUUUAGUCAAGAUCCAGCAAUAUCCUAUAUCAAAACAGAAAAAAGUUUAAAUGAUGAUCAGAGGAGAGCUAUUCUGAAGAUACUUACAGCAAAGGACUACACCCUUAUUUUAGGAAUGCCUGGAACAGGGAAGACAUCAACUCUUGUGCAUACAGUAAAAGCAUUGUUGAUUCGAGGUGCUUCCAUCUUACUCACAUCAUACACAAACUCAGCUGUUGAUAAUUUGCUUAUCAAAUUGAAAAAUCAGGGCAUUGAUUUUGUAAGAAUUGGGAGAGAUGAAGCUAUUCAUGAUGAAGUUCGUGAUUAUUGUGUAUCAGCAGCAAAUGUUAGAUCUGUGAAAGAUCUUAAGCUAAAAAUGGAUGAAGCUCGUGUGGUGGGAGUCACAUGUUUGGGGACAGCUCAUCUGUUACUCACAAAUAAGAAAUUUGAUAUUUGCAUUAUGGAUGAGGCUGGACAAAUCACUCUUCCUGUGUCCCUGGGCCCUUUGAUGCUUGCAUCAAAAUUUGUUCUUGUUGGAGACCAUUACCAGCUUCCUCCACUUGUUCGAAGCACAGAGGCUCGUGAGAAUGGAAUGGAGGUCAGCUUGUUUUGCAGGCUUUCUGAAGCGCAUCCACAGUCUGUUUCAGCUCUGCAAUGUCAGUACCGAAUGUGUUCCGGAAUUAUGGAAUUGUCAAACACUCUUAUCUAUGGGAACAGGCUCAGAUGUGGAUCUGUGGAAGUGGCAAAUGCUAAGUUAAAUAUUUCCAAUGUCAAAUCAUUUCCUUCAUGGUUAAAUGAGGCUUUGGAUCCAGACAAGUCGGUAAUAUUUAUUAAUACAGAUGGCUUGCCUGCUCUGGAAGUAAAAAAGAAUACAACCAUAAAUAAUCCUGCAGAAGCUUUUAUUUUAUCAGAGAUUGUUAGGAGAUUGCUUGAAGGAAGGAUACUGGGGAACGAGAUUGGGAUCAUCACCCCUUACAAUGCGCAGGUUGAUCUCAUUCAGCACAUCUUAUGUGUAACCUCAGUGGAGAUACACACCAUCGACAAAUAUCAGGGAAGAGAUAAAGACUGCAUCAUGGUUUCCUUCGUAAAAUCAAUUGAAAAUCCACGGGCGUGUUCAUCUUCUAUAAUUGGAGACUGGCAUAGGAUUAAUGUUGCUAUAACACGUGCCAAGAAAAAGUUGAUCAUGGUUGGUUCAAGCCGAACCCUUUCAAAAGUUCCACUAUUGGACCUCCUAAUAAAGAAGGUUGACGAAUUGGGCGGAAUUGUAAAUAUGAGCAAGGAUGAUCUCCAUCAGAUAAGAGAGCUCAAGAGAUUUGCUCAAAUGAGUGUACAGUAAGUGUCUUAUUCCAUUCUUGUAAUCAUUCUUUUCUGUUGUAAAUUCUGCUGUUGGCUCAAGUAUCAAUUCUUAGCAACAGAAGGGGGUAUCAAUAGGCCAAUCGGUGUUAUACAUGUAUUAGUCGAGAACCUUUUAUUUCAAUGAAGCGGAAAAAGCACCCUUUCUGAUGCAGAA